CGCGACCCCGGGACCCCGCACGGCCAUGGGCCCGGGCCGCCUCCCGGCACGCCGGGGGCUCGGCUGCUGCGUCCUGGUGCUGCUGCUGUUCCUCGGCGGCUCGGGCAGCCCCGGGACAACGCCACGGCCCCGGGAGCCCUGGGCGGAGGAGCAGGGAGCCGGCCCGGAGGGGGGCCCGUGGGGCAGCGGGAGGUACCAAGCCGUGAAGAAGCAUUUGGGAGCUGUGGGUGCUCUCUCCAAGCAGUAUUGGCAGUACCUGGCGUGCAGGGUGUGGCAGGAGGGCUGCGAGGAGCAGAAGGAGAAAGAAGAAGSAGAGUCCCGUCCCAUCCCAAGCUGGGGCUUUCCUCUGGUGGGCCAGGAUUACCUGGAGAUCCUCUCUGCCUGGUACUGCAGCUUCGGCAGGUGCUGCGAGACGGGAGACUGCAGGAUAAUCAACAACAUCACAGGGCUGCAAGCAGACCUUCGUGAGCAGCUCCAUGGGCAGCACUUGGCCAAGGAAGUGGUGGUGCAGGCGGUGCAGGGGUUCCUGCUGAGCCCAAGGCCCCAGAAGGCUCUGGUCCUGUCCUUCCACGGCUGGUCUGGCACAGGGAAGAACUUUGUGGCACGGAUGGUGGCCAGUCACCUGUAYCGGGACGGGCUGAAGAGUGACUGUGUCAGGGUGUUCGUGUCCCUCCUCCACUUCCCACACCACAACUACGUGGACUCGUACAAGGCCCAGCUGCAGAGGCAGAUCAGCGAGACCCUGCAGCACUGCAGGCAGGCCCUGUUCAUCUUCGACGAGGCUGAGAAGCUGCAUUACAGCCUCCUGGAUGCCAUCAGGCCCUUCAUGGCUCACCACCACAACGAGGGACAGGCGGUUCCCCAGAGAUCCAUCUUCCUCUUCCUCAGCAAUCUCGGUGGCAACACCAUCAAUGAGGUCGCCCUGGAGUUCUGGCGAGCGGGUCGGGCACGGGAGGAGAUCUCCAUGGAGCUCCUGGAGCAGCGGCUGCGGCRGGAGCUGCAGGAGGCUGCAGAGAACGGUUACGCRCACAGCCAGCUCCUCAGGGAGAACCUCAUCGAUGUGCUGGUGCCAUUCCUGCCCCUGGAGUACCACCACGUGAAGCUCUGCGCACGCGAUGCCUUCCUGGCCCGCGGCCUGCCCUACACCGAGGCGACGCUCGACGAGGUGGCCCAGAUGAUGGUGUUUGUCCCCAAAGAGGAGAAGCUUUUCUCUGCACAGGGCUGCAAAUCCGUGCCCCAGCGCAUCAAUUACUUCCUCCCUUGAACAGCAGGUGGGACCAUGCGUGUGCUGAAGGUGGUUCUGCACUCUGGGAGCUGCUCUCUUUGCACAGGGUCAUGCAAGCAGAGGAUUCAGCCAGGCACUGCACAGGGACAGAGACUGAACCCCCCAUUACUCCCAGAGCUGUUGCAGGGAAGGAGCUGCAUGAGGGGACAGCCUGUGCUUGGCUGCAUUUGGAGUCUGUCUGGUGUUGUAAGUCCCUUCUUUUAGCCGGCAAUAGCCUGAAGGGGUGAUGUGGUUCUGCUGACAGAUGCUGUUCCAUGUGAGUGGGGACUGGCAAKGUCCAGGUCCUUGGUUUGUAGCUGUGUGGUGAAGGGAGGCAUUGGACAGGCUGGUCCUGUUGAGACUGUGGCAGAAGCCACAUCCCCAGUUUUCUCUGUCACUUUACAAGAUCACCCAGAACUGUCUUGCUGGAGUUGAGUUUUUCYCCUCUGUUGCUUUCACGCCUUGCUGAAAGGUGUCUGCUGCUCAGGGACACACGGGCAAGAAUUUAGUCUGUGCAGGGAGAAAAUGACUGAAUAAUCUCCUCUGGAGAUGCCAAGUCCAUAGUUCUCACUUUGGAGUGUCCAACUCUCACUGGAGCCUUCCGUUGUAUGGAAGCAGCUGCUGGGGUGAGGAGAACUUCCGCUGCAUUUAUUUUUCUAAGCAGAUUGGUGAAGAGCCUGUUUCCUUCACUGCACAACCAAAAAGGGGAGAGAACUCCUCUGCCAAGGGCAGGUGAGGAGGAUGGUGGCUGAAGCAUCAGGCUGCCAGCUGAAUGUGAGUUUUCACGGAUGCAGUAAAAGCUUGAUUUUUUCCCUUCUUUUUUUUUUUAUUUUUCUCUUCAGUACGUUUCAUGCUGUGUUUUUUUGGCUGGUAUCAGCAUUAUUAUUAUUAUUACAGGGGCUGUUUGCUGUCUGGGUGCUCGCCAGGUGAUAAGUGUGUUACAGCAGCUCCAAAAAAUUUCAACAGUGUUACAGGAAUCACUUUGUGACCUCUGGGUCAAAACUCCCUUCCAACAGGGCCAUGCUGGUGAGGAGUGAAAUAGCACAUGCCAAGGACAGGGCUCGGCUUGCUGGCCACCCCCACGGRGGACCUUUGAUCUAUUUUAAGCUUUUGACCCGUUUUGUGGUGCCAGUGAUGAGCAGCACGACCUCUGGGAAAGAUUGACCAGACGUGUCCUAGCCCUGCAGACUUUGAGUCCCUGCUUCCCUCCGGGCACGCUGGCUCCGUUAUCUGCUGAGGCUUCAUAGUCCAAGGCAGGGUGAGCCAGCUGCUUUCCCUCUGCUCAGCCAAUGCAGUUGGCCUAACUCAGCUGUUAGGAUGGACCUUCGGGCUGUGCCAGCCUGRGUGAGCAGGCAUUUCUGAGACUUGGUUUAUGGUUAAUCUCCGGUGUCAGAAACCUGGGAAACAUCGGGGGUGAUGGACCCAGGGAUGGCAGCUGGGGAGGRGAGGCUGCUGCCCCACAGGACACAACUCAGGCUGUGUUUGGUCACCUGGGCAGAAAGUUUAGCAAGCUGUUUGUUGAAGGUUAGCUGCCUAGAAGGUGUGUGUAAGCCAGGAUUUUUUCUGAAUAUACAGAAGUCUUCAGCUGUCCUGGUUAGGCUGACACAGGCUGGGGUGGCAGGAAGGCAGUGCUGGCAUCUCAGAGUGCAGGGCUGGGUUGAGGUGGGCACAUGAAGCAGCUCUGACUGUGGCUGGGCAGGGAGGUGGUGGCAUUACUGAGCAGGGCAAGGCCAGACCUGUGCUCUGCUGGGUCACAAGUGCAUGUGUCAUACUUGGGUGAGCUUUGAUUACACCCAACACCAAAAGCUGCUCUCUGACCACACAAGCCAACAGUUUGUUCUAAAUGAAGAUACUGCAUAAAUAAAGAUACUGCUUUUUUUUUUUUUUUUUUUUUU